ACAGCACAAUAAAAUGGUAGAAUAUUAACAUUUUUUUCCGGGGUUUUUUUGCACCUGUGUGACAAGAUAGUUUAUUAAUAAUUCCGAUAUGCAAAUUGAACUUGAAAACUGUCUCCCCAUACGUGAUGAAAGUGGCAAUAAAGUUUCAAAAAGAGCUCCAAUAGUCUCUCAUGACAUAACCUAUGAUGAUUUUUUUGUUAAAUUUAUUUUACAAAAUCAGGCUUGUCUUAUUAAAAACAUUACUUCUAAUUGGAAUUGUACCAAGCAAUGGUUUACAAAUGGGAAAGUAAAUACCACUUACUUAAGCAAACAAUUUGGUCAUAGUAAUAUACUGUUGUAUGAUUGUCAUGAAAAGUAUUUUAACUCCCAAAAAACCAAGAAUGACAAGUUUGACAACUUUCUCGAGUACUGGCAAAAAUAUAUUAAUGGAAAUUAUAAUAAUCAAAUGCCUUUGUAUUAUCUUAAAGACUGGCAUUUGAAGAAUUUAUUUCCCAACAACAAUUUUUAUGAUGUCCCAUAUUAUUUUGCCUCUGACUGGUUAAACGAGUAUUUAAUUGAAACAUCUGAUGAUGAUUAUCGUUUCGUUUAUAUGGGGCCUAGAGGAUCAUGGACCCCUUUUCAUGCUGAUGUUUUUAAUUCAUUCAGCUGGUCUGCAAAUGUAAGUGGAAAAAAGAAGUGGUUUCUAUUUCCUCCAGGAAAUGAGGAAAAAUUAAAAGAUUCUCUAGGGAAUUUGCCAUAUGAUGUAUCAGACUUAAAAGAUGAAAUUGCUUACUAUGAAAUUAUUCAAAGUAGUGGAGAUGUCGUUUUCGUCCCUUCUGGGUGGUACCAUCAGGUUUGGAAUAUAGAAGACACAGUGUCAGUGAAUCACAACUGGAUUAAUGGCUGUAACAUAGAAAAAAUGUGGAAAUCAUUAGAAAAAAGCUUAACAGAUGUUAAAAAUGAAACCAAAGAUUGUUCUGAAAUGAGUAAUUAUUCGAAACAUUGUCAGGUAAUGCUAAAAUCGUAUUUUGGCAUUGACUUUUUAGAAUUUUAUAGAUUUUUAUUAUACAUUGCUCAAAAACGAUUGAAACUAAUUAAAGAAAGUGUAGAUAUAAAGUUAUUUGAAAUAUACACGUUAGGCUUUAAUCAUUCACUUUUUGACUUAUUAGCAAUUAAAAAUGUACUGAAAUUAAUUCAAAGUAAUAACGAUUUUAUAGAUUUAUUAAAUAUAAAUCCUGUAGAAAAGUAUCCAGAUAUGCUAUUUAAUGAAAUAAUAUCAGUCACAGAUACCAUAAUUGUUAAUAAAAGUAAUAAUAAAGAUCGUAUGAUGAAUUAUUCAUUAUCGUUUUUAAAUUCCCUCUUUUUCAUUUUUUUUUUUGUAUUUUCUAUUUAUUCUUUAAAAUUUCCCUUUUCUUUAUUUAGA